UUCCAUAAACAUCUGUAGCCCCAACCAGAAUAAAAACAAACGGAGUGAACGGUAUGGUUUUUGUCGGCAAUUAGUUAAGAAUCUAAACCCCGCCACCUCCCGCCGGCAAUCGAACAUUUCGUUUUGUUCUUUAAUUCGUAAAUAAUUUAAAGCGGCCACUUCGCCACUUCAAUUCAUAUCACCAUCGAUCAAGUGCUAAAUGCUCGCUUUAUUAAUGAAUCAAUUGUUGCAAUUGCAUUUAAUGAAUUAACACAACCAAAAGCAACGGAACUCAAGCGAAGAAGACAAUCAAUCUCUGCACAAGCAGAGAAUAUUGUUAUACGUGAGAAGAAAGUCGAAACGCCAAACAAUGAUGUUGAGAAUUUUUAUAUUGUGCACGUUCUGCUGGAUGUGUUGUAUGUCCCAUGGCACUGAACCUUUAUUUGCUCCUCUCGUUCCCUUCAACAGUCAACAUUUCUUCACCCUUACCAAUAAGGUAACAAUCAAGGAAAUUUCCCAUGGUGCCGCCGAAGAGACAAGUUACACAUUUACUACCCUACUCAAGGUCAACAGUGUAUGGAGUAAAAACCAAGAUCAACUGCUUCAAAUCUAUUUUACCGAAAAUCGUGUAUCCACUGUCGAUAAAAAAGGGAAGGAGAGAAUUCAAGAUAUUAUCAAAAUUCCCGAUAGACCUUUCUAUAUACGCUUCGAAGGUCAUGGCCCCACCAAGAUUAUUGCCCACACUUAUAGAGAUCAAUCUUUGCUCAAUAUAGAGAGAGGUAUAGCAUCGCUAUUGCAAAUACAAUACAAAGUGGGGCCCAUGGUGGAAGUCGAUAUGUCCGGCAUGUGCAAUGUCUUCUAUAAUGCCAAGUCUAAGGAAAGGGUAGAGAAAAAGAAGACCGAUUGUUCUAAUUGGGAUUUGAAGGUGGCUUAUAGAGGAGAAAAGCCUUUGGAUAUUUCCCGUUUAUCAAUCGAAAAUGUUGUAUACGACAUUUCCCCUGAAGGAUCUUUGCUACAGGCCCAUUCUGUGGAAACACACAAAAUGCAUUUAACUGCCCAGCCCGAGGUGGGAACCAUUGUUGAAUCUCUACUCACACUAAAACAUGUCACUGCCACAACGGAACAUGUAGAACAGCUUGACUUUGAGACUUUGGAGGAGGCCGUACAAAGUCUUAUGGAAUGGUAUCGUGAAUUCGAUUUGGAAGCUGAUGUUGAUGGAGCGGUAACUGAGUAUGGUUUAGUGACGCUGAAGAGCGAAAUUAAUAAGUACACCAAACAUCUGGCUAACAAACGAAUUGGCCAUUACCAAUUAGCUGAAGCUUUUGCCAGGCUUGUACCUUUGGCCCGUAUUACAAAACAAGAAGAAUUCCAAGAGAUACUAGAAAGCCAUAAAAAUAUUCUACCUCAGUUGGUGGACUUACUGGGCGCCACACAAACAUUCGAUGCCCACAAAGCCAUCAAUGCUACAUUCCAAUAUAGAAAACUCAGUGAUUUUGAUCUACUCGAAAAAUAUCUUCAAUCGCUGGCAGUGGGCACUCAUCCUGAAGAGGAAAUAAUCAAGGAUCUCUUUGCCAUAGUCAAGUCUAUGGAUGAUUCUAUGCAAUAUAAGAAAAUCAAAAAUGCCCUCGUCCAAUGCAUGUCCUCACUGGCCCAUCACUUUGAGCGUGAAGUCAUUGAAAUUGAUAUACGCAAUUAUUUAGUGGAAAAUCUCAAGAAAAAUUGUGGCAAAGAUGAAGAAUGUAAACUUUUGAUGAUUCGAGGUCUGCAGAAUUUAGCCGAUCAUCGUUCCAUUGAGACUUUAAUGGGUUAUGCGUUUUUGGCAGAACCCAAAUUGUCUGUGGCUGCCAUGAAAGCCUUAAAGCGUUUCUCUGUUAUACAUUUCCAAGAACCACAUCGUCUCGCGUUUACCUUUAUGUUCUAUCAGAGCCGCAAAAAGUAUGCCACCUCGGCACGUACUAUGGCUUUGGAUAUUUUAUUGGAUAUGCGUCCUACCAAAGAAGAAUUGGGUCAUAUGUUGGACUAUUUGGCUUCGAAUGAUCGUCAUUUUGAGAUUAAGACUUAUGUCAUACAAAAAUUCCAAAUGUAUGCCGAGAAACAUCCGAAAUUUAAAGCUCUGUUGCAAAUGUGUUUGAGUGAGAGGCCUCACAUUAACAAUUAUCACAUACUGGGACAGAAAGGUUUUACCUCGGUUUUAUCACGUCCUUUGUCAUCAGCACCAGCUUUCAAUGAAACAUUGCUAAGUGUUCAAGAAGUCCAUAAAGGAGUUUUACGCCACGGAUCGGUGGAAUUGCUUCUACAAGCAGGAGAAUAUGAAGCUAGCACUUUUAAGCUUGGCAUUUUUACCAACGGCUUGGACACAUUUAUGUCCAACAACAAUGAUGCCGACGAGCAGGAGGACUUGGAUGACGACAAUGAAGAAAAUCCGGAAUAUAGCCCCAUAACAGCUGGUAUGGAAAUCUCAGUAAAUGGUGUAGCUCAUCGGCCAUUGAUAUUCUUUACUGGAAAAUCCGAGUUAAUGACACACAUCUGGAGUGGUACUGUAUCGGAGUCAACACCCGCCUUCCAGGGUACCAUGUUAGCGCAUGAUCAUGAACACUAUGUGAUGUUAUCGUCGGGUGCCACAGCCCAUUUUAAUGUGAUAGGUGCCAAAUCGAUAGAUUUAAAUGGCAAAGCUGGCUUUAGUCUUUGGAAUCGUAAUGCGGAUACUGAAAUUAAACAGAAUGCUGCCACAGUUGUUUAUGGCAUAAUGAAGGUGGGAUUUACCUAUGCCACGGUGACAAAUGAAUUUGUAUUCUCCUAUGAACCAAAAAUUGUGCUGCAAGCGCACAUUGACUUCUAUGAUGAACUCAAGCUGUGCAUGCGUUUACAGAGACCGGAAAUGGAAUUGAAUUUGAAGAGCACCAAAACGGUUAACCUCAAAUCCAUUUACAAUUACCAAAAAUCUGUACAUUCUAAACACAGUCACAAAUUCCCUGGUCAUACCUAUGCCCUAAAUCGCAAGAAUAAUAACAUGUGUAAUAUGGUGGCGAAAAAUUUGGAGCUUUAAUCAUCAUCCGCAUCUUCUAUACAUUGCCCAGUGUGUAUGUGUGUGAUAUUGUGUGUUCCAUUUGAAGUUCCUAAGUUUAAUUAGGAAGCGCAUUCGUUUCAUUCUACCUCGGCGGGUGAAGUACAGGUACUACACACACAGAAAGGAACAUUGUAUAUCUUAUCUAUUAAACCCUAUUUCCAGUUUAAAAGAGAACUUUGUAUGCAUAUUGUUUAUUAUUUUGAUAUUAAUCCUGUAAGAGCAUUUACUAAGAGCAAAAGACUCGAUUAUAUUUUAUAUGAGUGUAUACAUAUGUAUGUUUAAUAUAUGAAGCUAAGCUUAUUGUUUUAACAAAAACGCUAUAAAAUUU